GUGACGCAAUGUGGUGGUAUCAGUAACUGAAGACAUAAACCUGCCCCGCGAACUUCUUGAUACAAUAUUUAAACUAUACCUCUUACAACAAGCUCUAGAAGGUACACCUCGAACAAACAAAAGAACCCAACUCCGCCGAUCUAUCCAAGAUAUAAAAAGCUUCGCCCACAAUGUCCAUCCCCCUCCUCUUCACAAUCGACGGCGCCUCCCGCCACGAAGUCGUCCUCCUCCCCCGCAGCGCCGACAUCAAGUACCUGAACGGGCUGGUCAUCAACACCGCCGCCACGUCCCCAAACUGCACGGAGUGGGGCUCCAAGUUCAAGAAGCAAGACGCGGACGGGCCGAAAGAGCACAUCACCGAGUUUAAGAUCCAGUGGGCGACGGAGGGCCGGGAUAUGAAGUUCUGGCCCGCGAGCACGGUGAUCACGGGCGAGAACAUCGAGGCUGUGUUGGCGAUGGUGGAGAAGGGCGCGGGGAGGGAUGUAUUGGUUGUCAGUAUGGGGAAGGCAGAGAAGUAAGGGUGAUUUUCAGGUUUUCAUGAUGUAAAGAUGGCGAAGGGUGUACGAUAGAUGUUUUGGGAAAUCUGCAGUGGGGAUAUGAGAAUGAGAGUAUGUUGGAGGACUUCAUGCAGUGGUAAACAGGCGCAAAUAGUACCCUAUUUACCGCCCCUUCGAUUUGUGCAUUCUAGCUGUUUACAUCUUGUUCUACCGUUUUUGACCUCGUUAGAGGCCUCCUGCACUGGUGAACGGGUGUAAACAGCGCGCAUUUACCACCUUUCCAAUUCGCGCUCUCCAGAAUUUUACAUCCUGU